AUGAUGAACAAAGUAUUUGUCGACGGCGAAAGAGGUCUCAACCUUAUUUACGCUGACACCCUCCGAGGGAUGAAUCGUUCCAUGACAAAGCUUCCUGCAACGGACACAACCUUCCACGGCAUCAUCCCGGGCAAAGCAGCCAUGCCGCUGGGAAGAAUCAGCCUUGACGUGGUAUUCGGCUCACCCGACAAUUUUCGGUGUGAAAGGCUCGACUUCGAAGUGGUCAACUGGCCUUCACAAUACCACGUAGUGCUGAGUCGAGUCGCGCUGGCUCGCUUCAUGGCGGUGUCGCAUUAUGCUUACCUCAAGCUCAAAAUGCUAGGGCCCGACGGCGUGAUCACCGUUUCAGGGAACUUCACACACUCAGAUAAUUGCGACAAGGAGUUUCAUAAAAUCUACGAGUCCUUCGGCAUGCAUGAAGUGUUCGAGCAGCUAAAAGCUUCAACCGGUCUAGAGCAAUCACCCGUCGCAAAAAACCCGGCUCAUCAGCCCGAGUUCAACAAGAAAGCAGACACCAAGGAGGUUCAGGUCCAUCCGACUGACCCCAGCAAGACCGUUAUCAUCUCAACAAGCCUUCCUCCUGCAUAG